AUGGCUCGUAGGACGGUGCUAUUGCUUAAGAAUAAGACAACACCGAGUGACAACUAUGAACUUGAAUUGAACCAAUCUACAGACUAUACACCAGUAUUCAUCCCAUUAUUAAGUCAUGAAGGUAUAAACACUGCUUCCACCAUAUCAUAUCUCCAAUCAGAUACAUAUCUUAACCCGUCUACCAUAUUCAUCAUAGCGUCUCAGAGAGGGGUGGAGAUCUUAGCAGAAUGUCUUGAUAGUGUGGUUGAUGACAGUGUCAAGAAGAGGAUCUUGGAUAAAGUCGGAUACGCUGUGGGUCCUGCUACUGCUUCUCAAUUAUUAAAAUUAGGAUUUGUCAAUAUUAAAGGUGGUGAUAAUGCUGGUAAUGGUGAUAAAUUAGCCGAUUUGAUUAUUAAUGAUUUGAAACAAGACAACGAGAAUGAUCGUUUAUGUGUAUUUUUCACCGGUGAAGUUCAUAGAGAUAUCAUACCGAGAAAGUUAACUUCAGCUGGUCUUAAAGUUGAUAAGAGAGUGAUUUACACUACGGCUGUUAGAAAGGAUAUUGUAACUACAUUUGAUCAAUUCAUAACUACGAAUCAAGUUAAUGAUGAUUGGAUUAUUUUCUUUAGUCCUCAAGGUACAGAAUAUAUCAUUGAUUAUGUUAAACUUCAUCAAACUCAAUUUAAAAUCGGGGUGGCUCCUAAACCAGAUGCGAUAUCAUUAUAUAAUUCUAUUCUUAAAUAUGAUAAUAAUUUAUAG